GUUGCCUUCACGGAUGUGUCCCUGCGCUCACAAGCAGGAGGUGUGGGUCUCUUGUCUCCGCUGUUUAGCAUCUAUUCGGAGCAAAGAAGCGAUAGGCUGUCUUUGAAUGCGAACGUGCAAUCAUGUCACGAGCGCUGGACAGUGCAAACAGAGCAUCUGAAUAAUCCAUAAAGGCGAUAAGCAGACUCCAAAGGAAUAAAGCAAUGGGUGGCCAGAUAACGCGAAAUGCCUUUUACGACUCCCUUGGUGGCCCGUUUCCAUCCACAUCACACCGAUGUCACCACAAACCCAAGAGGUGUCUGCCUAUCCAGUGUGGCAGCGUUGGAGGGCCUCUUCCAAUCAGCCCACUUCUAUUCCAUCCAAAUGCCAAGGGGUCCCAAAUUGUCAUGGACCUGGCCCAGAAGACAGUAAAGAGGCAGGCCAGUUUUUGCAACGCCAUCACCUUCACCAACAGGCCCAUUACCCUGUAUGAGCAAGUCCGCCUCAAGAUCACUAAAAAGCAGUGCUGUUGGAGCGGGGCUCUACGUCUUGGCUUCACCUCCAAAGACCCCUCCAGGAUAAACCCGGACAACCUACCCAAAUACGCCUGCCCCGACCUGGUGUCACAGACCGGCUUCUGGGCCAAAGCGCUGCCUGAGGAGUUUGCCAACGAGGGCAACGUCAUCGCUUUUUGGGUUGACAAGAAGGGCAGAGUCUUCUACCGCAUCAAUGAAUCCAACCCCAUGCUGUUCUUCAGUGGAGUCCGCACAGCUGAGCCCCUCUGGGCACUCAUUGAUGUUUAUGGUCUGACCCGUGGAGUGCAGCUGCUAGAAAGUGAAAUUGUUCCUCCAGACUGCCUGCGCCCACGCUCCUUCACCACCGUGCGCUCCUCCUCCCUGCGUCGUGAAGCUGAUGACUCCCGUCUGUCCGUCAGUCUGUGUGACCUCAACCUGCAGCAGGAGGAUGGACGCCCGCCCCAUAAUAAUGCCCACCGCCACACCCUCCACCUGGCCUCAGCAUCCUCCUCUUCCACCUGUCCCAUACCACAGAACUCCCUCAACUCCCAGCAGUCCUCUCUGCUUCCGUCCUCUCUGGAGAGUGAUCUCCACUUCCAUCAGCUGCGUGGUGCUCACAUCAAGACUCUAGACGAGCAGACGGUGGCUCGAUCUGAGCACGCACGAGAGGAGCGCACUCUCGUCUUCACCAAUCGUCCUCUGCGCACCGGAGAGACUGUCUUUAUUAAAGUCACUAAGUCCAGCCCGGCACGCUCUGGAUCGUUGUCUUAUGGUGUGACGUCAUGUGACCCGGCUGUUCUGCGUCCCAGUGAUCUGCCCUAUAACCCAGAGGCUCUGGUGGACAGGAAGGAGUUCUGGGCAGUGUGUCGGGUGCCUACGCCUCUCCAGAGCAGCGACAUCCUGGGCUUCUUGGUCAACCAGGAAGGGGAGGUCAUCCUCAGCCACAACGGCACCAACGUGGGCAUGCAGGUGUGUGUGGACAAUUCCCGCCCACUCUGGAUGUUCUUUGGUCUGCACGGGGCUGUGACUCAGCUGAAGAUUCUGGGUUCCACUCAUCUGGGUGAUCAGCAUGCCACAUCGAACCCCAGCUCCCCCCCCUCCUCUCCACACACCCCCAGUGCCCUGGGCAGUGGAAGCUCUGAUCCAGUGCUGAACGGAGGUCUGUGCUCCGCCGCUUACUGCAGCUCAGCUGGGGGAACAAACCCAAACUCGCCAGUCAGCCUCCCAAAGUCACCUACCUUCCCAGCAGGCCAUAGUCCUUGGUCAGAAGAGUGCUCUAUCUGCUAUGAGAACAUGGUGGACACGGUCAUCUACUCCUGUGGACAUAUGUGUCUGUGCUACACUUGUGGCAUCAAACUCAAGAAGAUGUCCAACGCCUGCUGUCCCAUCUGCAGAAGGCAGAUCAAAGACAUCAUCAAGACCUACAGGAGCACGUAAAACGGCAAGAUGGCUGACGGAAAGACGGCCUCCCUUAGAAACAGCAUAAUCCCAGAGUCAGGGAAAUGAAUGUCUAAAUUCAGGGAAUAUGAACUCUGGUACACAAUUCUUGUUGGUUGAACCUUUCCAAAGCCGGUACUGCUUUUCUGGAAGGUCUUUUUCUUUUAGAGUCACAGAUGCAGCCUCCCUGCAGAGGCGGCACCUAGAGUGACACGGGAAGUUCCACUGAGAACUUCAAUUCAGCCAGAAGUGUUGACUCUCUCCUGGGAUCUUGAAAGACUCUGAAGGAGACAACCAGUUUCAAAAUUCUGUAUUUUGUUGAGCCAUGUUGUCGGAUUUAGGGACUGCUCCAGUUUGGGGCUGAAUUUCUCAUCAGUAGUUCUCUUAGAGGAAGCUCUGGAUAUGUCUCAGACCUGGUGCAGAGUUCUGACUUAAUGUAAGCAGUCAUUAAGGAAAGCACACCUGCACCAGGUUACAUCUCAGUAUUUCACAACUUGUGUCUGUGUGUUACUGAGACAUUACGAGGAAAAAUCAGUCAGAUAAGAUGCAGUGAUGGAUUUCUGUAAUUGUUGUGUUGAUUAUCAGUGAGUGAUGUGCUUAGAGAUGCAAGACAGUGCUGAGUAAAUUAAGUAGGAUUGUAAAACCUCUUGUACUCGUAUAAUCUAAUGUACCGUAAUGGUAGUUCUAUUGCAAAUGUCGGUGGUAGCUAUGUUGUUGUGCUAGCUAGAUGCUCGCUCUGCAAUGUGGUAUGUUGCACUGAACUCUGCUUCAUCUUCUCCAAAAUGCCCCGUUAUUGACAGAGGAAAAUGACACAAUCUACAAACCUGCAACUAGCUCAGCAGCUCAGAAUCUGUGAAAGGAAAUAGAAAGAGGAAAAAGUAAUCUGGAUUCACCUCAGGGUUAGCAAUCUUUUGUAAUAAGAUAUGAAUUAUUUCCCCCAAUUUUACCUGUACCCAUGCCCAGUGCACUGUGAGCACUCAUGACAAAGUGAGUUUCUCUGAAAUAGUACAAUAUAUUCAGUCAAAAGAUUGUCUCCACACUAUCAGGAUCAACCACAGACACAACACAGCCUCCUGCCUUAACCCAGAAAUGGUUCAUUUGUCACAUGCAGAUGUUUCAUUUUCUGUGUUGUUCCAAAGCCCCAGACGAAUUACCAAAUAUUGCUGUUGUGUGGCACACACUGUUUACUCAGAGGAGAAAAAGCACACAAACUUAAAGAUAUUUUUGUAAGAUAACUCCAUGACAUUUCCAAUAUUUAUCUAUUAGAUAUUUAUAAACCUUUUGUCAGGCCUUUCAUCAGAAACAAAGAUCAUUUACAGAAAUCAGUUCAGGGGCAAAGUUCAAAUAAAGCUCAUAUUUUACAUAUUUAUGUGAUCCCUUUUCCCUGACUUCAGUUGAAAAUGUCUUCACACAUCCUCCAGACGUAACAGCUGUAAAAAACAAGACCUCAGCAGUAAGCCAUAGCUUAUUCCAGAACACAUCUCAAAGCUGAGCGGCUGUUUUUUUUACAAGUUAAAUUAUACUUCAUUUUGUAGAUAAUCACUAAAUGGGGCUCAAACCUAUGCUGCUAUGGUGUUUGCCAGCUGUCCUUACUGGGCGAGCACCGUAAGUGAUAUUUCACACAUCCCUCCUCCCACACUUCAGUUUAAUUACGCUACUGCUUGAAGUGGUAAAUCGCAUCUGAAUGUCAUCUUUCUGUAUUUAGAGAGAUUUUUAUCUGUGUGCUUGAAUUGUAAAAUGAAACAAAAAAAGUUGUGUUUCUCUUUCUUUUUUUUUCCUUGAAGUGGGGGAAGUGUUUUGAUUGACAAUAAUGAUUCUAAGAUUUGUUUUCUUGCUUACCCGAAAAAUUAGAAUCUAAAUUCAUUCUUGUUUUAUUCUAGUGAGAAUAAAGAAGAUUGCUUGUACCUUGGUGCAAUAAGAAAUAUUGCAGUACACAAUCAAAAACUCAGCGCUUUGGGAUGCAAGUUAAAAAAAUCUUGGUUAUAUUACAAUCCCUGUAUUUCAGGUGUUUUUACUUUUGUUUGUUUGUUUAAUUUUGUAAUUUAUCUUCUUGUGUGUGAGCCCAUGUUAGAGAGCCCUCCUUACCUUUCUAUAUUUAUAUUUCUUAUCAUUAAAUAGUCUGGAAGCCAUCACUGUAUGGGAACGAUAAAUGUCACUUUAUAAAGCUACUGAUUGUAAUCUUGUAAAUGUUUAGGCCAGCGUUGAUGUCUUUAGGCUCAACCUUGGCUUGUUUUAUUUCGUGCAGACUCUCUGACCAAAAUUUUCUUUAUUUUUUGAAUACAAAGUUUCAAUGUUAUUCUCUCUAUGUAAAAUUAUGUUUAUAAAAAUGAUAUCCAACAAUUAUUUUACAGCAUUAAUUGGCAAACUCAAUCUACAGGUUGAACUAGGCUAAUAAUAAUUUAAAAAAACAUUGGCUGAAGAUUUUUUACUUGGGAAUUAUCUGCACACUCAUUUUAAUAAAAUUAUGUAAUGCCAUUUUUCAGUUUAAAUUUGCAUUUAAAAUCCUCCACAAGCUCCUUGAAUGUUAUAAUCCUGUACAUUACUAUUUAUUUAUUCCUUCAAACCUGCUUUUCUUGAGUGUUUGCUUUCUUUCUACCUUGCCUCUAUAGAGAUAUGAGUGUGUCUGUCCAGUCUCACUGCAGCACAUUUAGAGGUUCUUUCUGUAGAUUCUUGGUACUUUCCUUGUCAUGCAUGAGUUAUCUGUUCACUCUGCGUGAACAACGGGACCAACAGUAGACGAGCAUCAGAGUGGAACGCAGUUAGUGUUCAUGUAGACUGAAAGCAGUGGCUAGAAAUAAUAUUUAUCUGUAUGGCCAUCGUUGUGACACAGCAGCUUAAAUACUUUGCAGACCUGUAUUUUCUUUCUUUUUCUUUAGAAACAAAAAAAGUGUUUGUUUGUGAGCUCUGUUCAGUGUGAGUCGGCUGAUUGUGGUUAAUAAACUUUCCAGAUGUGUUGGAGCAUAA